AUGAUGGCUGUUCGGCUAUCAUUUCAUCACGGUAUCAAUCACUUUUAUAUUCUUCAACGGUUCAAUAAUCAAAGCUUGAUAAAACGAACCGUCACCUCGGCAAGUAACAGUAGCAACAUCGAUAAAGGACCAAAAACAACAACUUCAUCACAAACAUCAUCUCAAAGUCAAAACAGAGGAAAUACGCCAACAGGUUCACAAAAAGAAACACCAUCGCCUCAAACAAAAACGCCUCCAACUCAACAGUCUGGGGCUAAAUCAGCUAAAAAGCAAUCAUUGAAAAGCGGUGGUAGGGAUGUGGUAUUGAUCGAUGGAGUUCGUACACCGUUUUUACAAAGUUUUACAUCAUAUAAAAAUUUGAUGGCUUAUGAAUUAGCUCGUCAUGCGUUAUUAGGAUUAGUCAAACGAACAAAAAUUGAUAAAUCAUUACCAGAAUAUUGUGUAAUGGGUACAGUUAUUCAAGAAGUUAAAACAAGCAAUAUUGCGCGUGAAGCAUUGUUGAGUAGUGGAUUUUCGGAUAAAAUACCCGCCCACACCGUAACUAUGGCUUGCAUUUCAUCGAAUGCAGCGAUCGCUACAGGUGUAGCUAAUAUAUCUUCUGGUCAGAAUGAUCUUAUAAUUGCUGGUGGUGUAGAUUUUAUGUCUGAUGUACCAAUACGGUAUCCGCGUUCAAUGCGUAAAAUCAUGCUCAGUUUAAACCGUGCAAAAUCAUUACCGCAACGACUUGGACUUAUGACACAAAUGCUUUCGCCUAAAAAUUUCAGUCCAGAAGCGCCAUCAAUUGCUGAAUUCUCAACUGGUGAAAUAAUGGGGCAAUCAGCAGAUCGCUUAUCAGCAGCAUUUGAUGUACCACGAAAAGAUCAGGACGCAUACGCUUAUCGAUCACAUAAACUAGCACAAGAAGCAACGGAAAAGGGCUAUUUGGACGAUAUUGUCCCCUAUUAUAUAGGCGGCGAAUCAGAUGCAAUUUCGAAAGAUAAUGGAAUUCGUGUCUCAUCAUUAGAAAAAAUGGCUUCACUAAAACCAGCAUUUAUCAAACCGCAUGGAACAGUCACAGCUGCGAAUUCUUCAUUUGUGACGGAUGGUGCAUCAGCUUCGCUGAUUUCGUCAGAUGAAAAAGCAAAAGAGCUUGGUUUAAAACCGAAAGCAUAUUUAAGACCAGCUUAUGCAACAGCCAAACUUCUCGAUGAAGCUGGUCUUACUCUUAAUGAUAUUGACGUAUUUGAGUUUCAUGAAGCCUUUGCUGGUCAAAUUCUAGCCAAUCUAAAUGCAUUAAAUUCAGAUUACUUCGCCAAAAAAUAUUUGAAUCGUUCAGAAAAAGUUGGAGCUAUUCCAAUGGACAAAUUUAACUUAUGGGGUGGCUCGUUAUCAAUCGGGCAUCCAUUUGGUGCUACAGGAGUUCGUUUAGUAACAACAGCGGCCAAUCGUUUAAUACGCGAAGACAAACGAUUAGGAUUGGUUGCUGCCUGUGCAGCUGGUGGACUUGGACAUGCCAUGCUCAUUGAAAGAUAUUAG